AUGGUAUCAUCGAUGGAUCCAAUAGUACCAUCCAUCCUCUUACGAAGAGACCACGAGGAACCACCACCUCCUCCUCAACAGCAACAUGAACAGCUGCAUCCUAGUCGGACCAAGCCAAGCAAGAAAGUCUACGAUCGACUGAAAUCAAAUGACGAGAAUCUCCAAACAGUAGAAUUUCGAUAUCAACACAUCGACCAAAGAAGGCUGGCAAAAGCCAUCGCAAUCAACACAUACCUGAAAACACUAGAGCUUGUUGCUUCCGUGCAAACAGCAGGUGUGGGUGGAGGCUUCUGGAGUCACAGCCAAGGCCUUGCCCGAGAGCCUGAACUCUGCUACUAUUACGACGAUUACGGGGAUGGUCCCGAUUCGGAUUCAGAUAAUUGUUGGAAUUUGUUCCCGUCUGUCAGGUGGCCGUUUUGCGGGAGCGAACCCGAGCUCGGUCUUGCCUGCGAAAUUUAUACCCUCUGUUGCGACGGAAUUCAACACAAUCAGGCUUUGGUCUCACUAAACUUAUCACAAAACCACCUGGGAAGCUAUGGGGCUAAUUGUUUACAACAAGCCCUAGAGCAACAUCCAUCACUAAAGGUAUUAAAACUUUCACGGUGUCAAUUGGAAGACGAUGGCUUGCGAAAACUCGCUUGUUCUUCCUUGGGAGUGCUGGAAGAAUUAGACCUGUCUUGCAAUCAAAUAUCUGAUGGUGUCUACCUCGGAAAGUUGUUAUACAGAAAUCGGAAUUUGCGACGAUUGGACUUUUCAAAGAACUAUUUGUCGAACGUGGGGUGCGAAGACUUUUUGGACGAGCAUGGCCUGGGAUCUUUGUGCUCCUUGAACCUGGCAUCAAAUCACAUUGGUCGCUUAGGCGCCACUGCAUUGGGAAUGGCUCUGACCCUUCCCUCUUGCUGUUUGGAAGAAUUAAUACUGAACGACAAUGUUUUUCUGGGAGAAGCAGGUUUGUUGGCACUGGGGACGAAGGGAUUAUUAGUCAACUCGUCCCUCAUCAAGUUGUCAAUAAACAACUGCUCGGUUGGAGACGUGGGAGCUGCCAUCCUUGCCCAGUGUCUUUCCAUGCAUCCAUGCAUACAAGAAUUGACACUUUCUGCCAAUCACUUGACCAUUAAGGGAGCCGCUGUCUGUCUGCAAUCCAUGUCCACACUUCUCAAACUGGAUCUGUCUUGGAACCGAGUAGGCAACGCAUGCUACUGUGGUGAUCAAGACUUUGAUCCCACCGAAGGCGAAGAGCUGGUCGCGAUCAUGAGAAACUCCAAUAUCAUGCUGAGGGAGAUCAACUUAUCACAUACGCCAUUACCGGUAGCGCAUCGAAGGAGUCUGGACUUUUGGACUGCCCUGAACCGAACUGGAAGCCGCCGGCUUUUGCGUGAAUAUAAAGAUUAUGAUUCUUCAGCACUGAUCGGUCUGUGGCCACAAGUACUGGAGAGGGCAUCGGGUGAUCCAGAAAUCCUAUUCUAUUUACUGACCAAGUUCCCAGCAAUGAUGGUGACACCCUAA